AUACAACUCUGUGCACAGCUGUUGAAUUUUGUUUACUCUGGCUGUAGCCAAUUGCUAUUGGUACAAAAAUUUAACAAAACAAAAUUAGUUGUUAUUUGUGUUAAAUUUUGUAUAAUAAAAAUGCGAAAGCGUGAGUUGCAGAGCAUACCUCUAAAGUUGGGGGAGUUGAAGGAGUAUGAUGUUAUACGUAAUGAACGCGCUGCCGCUAGAAAUCCGGCUCCGCAUGAUGACAGCCAAACAAAUGAGCAACCGUCACCGAUUGCCAAUGUUGGACCAAAAACAAAGAAGGAAAUACAAUCUCGAUUGAAUGCGACUACUUGAAAACACCGAGGGAUACACUAGAAUACAUAUUUUAAGCACUUAUUUUAAAGUUGUGUGGAACAUUGCUGUUUAUAUACAUUAUAUAAAAGUUUUUUCAAUAACAUUGUGAUACAAUUAA